AUGGAGUUUGGAGCUGUGGUGUUUUGGGGACUUCUCGCUGCCCUGCUGGCUGCUGCGUUUUUUGCAGGUGCGUUCUGGGAGAAAAAGAGAGUUAUGAAAGAGAUGGAGGAGCAAGCGGAAGAGAGUGAUUCGGAGGAAUCCAGUGAUUCAGAAAGUGAGGAGGAAGACGAGGAGCCUGACUACAGUUUAAAGAUGGUUCUGUGCGUCCGAAAAGACUUGCCUAUGACCAAGGGAAAGGUUUGUGCACAGUGCUGCCACGCAGCUGUGGGAGCCGUGAAUCGGGCUCGUCGCCAAACCAAAGACCUUUACAAGGCCUGGCAGCGCAGUGGAUGCAAGAAGGUCGCGCUGCAAUGUCCCGAUGAAGCGGCCUACAUGGAGAUUUGCGCGGAGGCUCAGAAGGCAGGACUGACGUACUAUGCAGUGUGCGAUGCGGGUCGAACGCAGCUGGAGCCGAACACGUUUACCGUGGUCGCCUUGGGUCCCGAUCGAGAAGAACGCAUCGAUAAAAUCACAGGACGAGAAGGAUCGCACCCUCUGAAGCUUUUGUAG